AUGCUUGCGCAGGCGGAGCCCGUCCAGGUCGCUGUCUCCUCGGAGACAAGGAGGGGGGCCGGGACGGUCGCCAUCGCGGGAGCGAGGAGGAGGAGGGGGACGAGGAAGUCCAAGUGGAAGCCCGACGUCGCCGAGUUGGAGCCGGAGAUGGUGGGGGAUGCGGCAGAGCUGUCCAAACUAGUGGAGGAGCAAGCCCUGGAAAGCGGAAGAGAAGCCGGUCAAGUUCGUUGUCCCCGAGAGGGCGGGAAUUGGGGCCUCGACAAUCGCCACUGCGGGAACGGGGAGGGGGACCAGCGACUCAAGGAGGAGCGCGACCGACUCCAGCAGGAGCAGGCCGGGCCCCCAGCCCGGGCUGGCGCAGGCGAAGUGUGUCCAGGUCGCUAUCUCCUCGGAGACAAGGAGGGUGGCCGAGGCGGUCGCCAUCGCGGGAGCGAGGAGGAGGAGGGGGACGAGGAGCACCAGGAGGAGGCCGGGGCCCCAGCCCGGGCUGGCGCAGGCGAAGUGUGUCUAGGUCGCUAUCUCCUCGGAGACAGGGAGGGUGGCAGAGACGGUCGCCAUCGCGGGAGCGAGGAGGAGGACGAGGACGAGGGAAUGUCAAGAACAGCAGGGCAGGAGCUGGAGGAGAUCGGCCGCCUGUCAGGGACUCGUCAGCUCCUCAGGCUCUCUCGGGGUCGAUUGAAGGUCGUCAGCUGCAUCAAGCAGUUGGCCAAGCUGCGGCUCGUGACGUCAGGAAAUCUCCAGCGCUUCCACUGUCAUCGUCUUCCACAAGCAAUUCCCUUCAGCAAUAUGGCUGGGGUUGAUCUACGGGAGGAAUCUAAAUUACAAGUUCAUCUGGACUUGCAGCUGGACUUGCUCAUCUGCAGGGACCGGAAAUCUCGACCCCCCCGAUGUGACGCUCCCUUGAUGGUUGGCGUCCCUGGACUGACCGGGCUGAGCAGCACCAGCCUGCAGAUGAAGGCGAACGUGGAGACGGUGGAGAGGAGGGGGGCAGGGAGUUCAGAUGUUGCAGACAAGAUUAACGAGGAGAUAGCCUGCAUCUCUUCGUCAUAUGGAGACGAUUCUGAGGAGGAUCUCGUCAAUGAUCGCAAACAAGUCAAGUUGUUCAAGACAGAUGCACUUCCACCCGACUUGGAGCUUCGGGUGAGGCAGCUAGAGGACAAGGAACUUCGACUCGGCGAGCUAGAGAGAAGCUUGAUGAUGAAGGAGAACCAGAUCAUGACACAGAUCGCGUUCGAUGACAUCCGGUGUGAGGCCAUGGCGGCAGAGAUCAAGAGCAACCAGCAGCUGCUGCAGAACCUGCAGUCGGAAGUCUCCCUGCUCCACCAGACCGUCUCCUCCCGGGACAGCGAGAUCGAGACUUUGAAGAAGAAGUGGGAGGACCUUCACGAAGCUAUCGAGUGCAGCGUCUGCCUCGAGCGACCAGCCAAGGUCGCCUGCUCGCCAUGCGGGCAUUGCUUCUGCUGCGACGAGGCCUGUGGCUCCUCCUCCUUGCAGAGCUGCCCUGAGUGCCGCUCGUCCAUUGAAGGGAGGACGCAGCUGUACGGGCCACUCUGCUUUCUGGAGCAGCUGAUGAAGAAGGAGGGCGGUGCCGGCCAUCUUGCAGAGUCCUCGAGGUCGCGCAGGUCGAGGAAGGAGGUAGAGGAGCUGGAGGAGAAGGUGCGGGGGCAGGAAGAGACGUGCAAGCAGAAGGAGGAGGAGAUGGAAGAGCUGAAGGGUCGGCUGCAACUCAUUUCGCAGGAGAUGUCAUUGCUGCACGUUCGCUGCAGAGAGUCGAUCUCAAUGACGAAGUCGAGGGAGGAGAAGGUCAAAGAGGAUCUCUGCAGGAUAGAGGAGGCGAUAAACAGCUCGAUCGAUGGAGUAGAGAAGAGCUUGGAGGACGGGCUUGUCGGGAUCGUAUCUCGCAGCGUGAAGGCAGCACAGGCACGAGGAGACGUGCGGCUGAUCGUCUCCUACAUGCGGAUGCUGCCGACAUGCGCGACGGUGGCUGAGGAGGGUGUGAACGCUCUCAAGGUCUUCUUGGGCGACGAGCGCAAGAAGAGGCAGAUCCUCGUGGGAGGUGGCCUGGACGUCCUAGCAGACGCGAUGAGACACUUCGGAGGGAACCCGAUGCUGGUAAGGUCGGCGAGCCUAGCGAUGGCGAGCGUGAGCCAGGAGGAGGAAGGGGAGCUUCUUGCGCUCGACGCGAGCAGCGUGCAGACGGUGCUGGAGGUGAUGAAGGGAGGGAUGAAGUCAGCAACGAUCUCCAUGCUGGAGGUCCUGUGGAACCUGUCGGUGCUGGACAGGAACAGGGAGACCGUCGCAGAGGCCGGGGGCAUCGCCGCCAUCGUGGAGGGCAUGCGGCUAUUCCAGGAGAACGCGACGGUGCAGGUGAAAGGGAUGCUGGCGGUACGGAGACUCAUCGAAGACCGUCGGGAGUAUCAGAUCCAAGUGGUGACGUGCAAGGGAGACGACGUGAUCAUCCAGAACCUCGUGUCGCACCGCUCCAACGACAGCCUGCUGGAGGAGAGCUGCUCUCUCCUGCGCAUCAUCGCCUGGGUGCCUAACGAGAGAAGCGAGAUGAUGAUCUCUGUCGUGAUCAGCUGCAUGCGCGAGUGGCUGUGGCUCACCCGCCCCUCCAUCCAGCUCCACUGCUGCGGAUUCCUUCAUGCUGCCGCCUCCUUCUCCAAGAACAUCCCCAUCAUCGUCCUCGAGGGAGGCGUCGAGCUUGCGGUGAAGAGCAUCCAGCUCCACAGGGCCUGCGACGAGCUCGUCCUGCUGGGGUUCAAGCUCCUGCAGAACCUCAGCAAGAGGAGCGAGGCGGCGAGGGAGAGGAUCGUGCAGACCAACGCGAUCAAGUUCCUGCUGGAGGUCCUCCAGCAGCAGCCCACCUGCGCCCUCGUUGCCGAGGCUUCCAUCACCCUGCGCUUGCUCGUGGACGAUGACGAGCACAUGGCGAACCGAGUCAUCCUGCAGGACGCGAUCCGCUGCCUCUCCGAGGUGAUGGAGGUCCAGAGCAGCGGCUCAGCUGCCCACCAGGAGGCCUCGAGCCUGCUCAAGCUGCUGCUGAGCCUGGAGAGCCCGCAAAGUCGUGCGGCGAGACUGGCAGAGGGACGGGGGACGAGGGAAAGGGCUCUAAGGGCUGGGGAGAAACCUGUGGAUCCCAGGCUGGAGGGGAACGAGGGCAGGAGAGGGGAGGGGCACGACGUGAAGAAGAUCGACCUGGAGACGUACAGGAGCAGGAGGAGCGAGCCUGGGAGCAGCUCCUCCCGCCUGUUUACGAGGAAGUGA